AUGGGUAACUCUCGGCUUCAAGAUGGGAAAGGCAGUUACAAAGAUUUGGUGGGAGGUUAUUAUGAUGCUGGAGAUGCUAUCAAAAAGUUCAACUUCCCGAUGACCAUGUUGAGCUGGAGUGUUAUUGAAUACAACGCCAAAUACGAAGCCGCAGGAGAGCUCGCCCAAGUCAAGGAACUCAUCAAAUGGGGAACUGCUGAUUCGAUUGAUGAUCUCGUGUUGCAGGCUUUUUUAGUUGCUGUUGAGCCGCUUGAGGUUAUUUCUUAG